UUCAUUCACAUCUCUCUCUGUGUGCUCACGAGAGAAGGAACAAGAUGGGUUCUGUUUCUCUGAAAAUAGGAGAUGGAACAGCCAGAUUCAAAAGAGCAACUCUAUGUUCUUCAGCUGUUAACAUUCUCAUGAUAUUCUCAGUUAUCACCACCAAUCUUUUUGCUCUCUAUGCUUUCACUGCUUCCCCAAAAAACCAAAACCAUCACCACCUACUUCACCAUGCCCACAAGAAUAUCUCUGUCAUCUCAGAGCAGGUUUCACUCAUUCUGAGAGAGAUCGAUUUGUCUCAGAAGAAAUUGGCCCAGAUGGAGAAAGAGCUUCUUGGCUAUGAAAGCAUUGAUCUUUCAAGACCCAAUAUUGCAAAUGAACUCAAACUCUUCCUCCAGCGUCACCAGCUCCCUCUAGGCAAAGAUUCAAGAACUGGGAUCACUGAAAUGGUGCCAUCUGUUGGCCAUUCCUGUGAGAAAUCUUCAGACUUGUUGUCUCAAUACAUGAGUUACAAAGUUUCUGGACCUUGCCCUGAUGAUUGGAGUGUAGCACAGAAACUAAUCAUGAGAGGAUGUGAACCCUUACCAAGAAGAAGGUGUUUUGCUAAGACUGUUUCCAAGGUAGGCCUUUAUCCUUUUUCAUUGUCUCUUUGGAAACCUGUUGGUAAUAAGACUGUUAACUGGAGUGGUCUCAAUUGUAAGAACUUUGAAUGUUUGAAUGGUAAGAAGUUGAGUAGAGAAUGCAUUGGUUGUUUUGAUUUGGUUAAUGGCUAUGAGAAUCAGAGGUUUGUCAAGGCUAAAAGUAAGAAUGAUUUUCUUGCUGAUGAUGUGUUAGCCUUGGGAAGUGGAGGAAUUAGAGUAGGGCUUGACAUUGGUGGUGGGUCUGGUUCAUUUGCUGCUAGAAUGGCUGAUAGGAAUGUUACAGUGAUUACUAGCACUCUCAAUAUUGAUGCCCCAUUCAGUGAAUUCAUUGCUGCAAGAGGGCUUUUUCCUCUUUACUUAAGUUUGGAUCAUAGGUUCCCAUUCUAUGACAAUGUGUUUGACUUGAUUCAUGCUGCAAGUGCCUUGGAUGUAGGAGGGAAGCCAGAAAAGUUUGAGUUUUUUAUGUUUGACAUCGAUCGAGUUUUGCGGGCUGGUGGUUUGUUUUGGCUGGAUAACUUCUAUUGUGCCAAUGAAGAGAAGAAACAAGCUUUAACACGGUUGAUUGAAAGCUUUGGAUAUAAAAAAUUGAAAUGGGUUGUGGGAGAGAAGGUUGAUAGUGUUGGGUCAGGAAAAUCUGAAGUUGUUUUAUCUGCUGUCCUUCAAAAACCUGUUAGAGUUUAAAGCGUAGGGGCUUAUACAACAACAAAACGGCAAGAUGUAAGAAUAAUCUUCGUUCUGCUAUAUCUAUUUGGCACGUAAUUUGUAUGAAUGAAUUGCUUUCAACAUCAUCAAAUCUCAUUAGAAGUGGAAUAAGUACAAUAAUUGUUUCUUUACCAAUUGUAAACCAACUUUUUGAGGGGGCAUAUAUCAUGUAUUUUUUAAGUUCUGAUUUAUAUCUUAUUCUGUAU